AUGCGGCGGUGUGGUCGUGAAACCGCAACAAAAGAUAUGGAGGAUGUGCGUGUGGAUGUGGCGCCCGCCUGGAUGUGGCGCCCGCUGGAGCCGCUCUGGCAUUUACUGAAGCAGAGACUGAAGCUGCAGAGACUGAAGCUGCAGGGACUGAAGCUACAGAGACUGAAGCUGCAGAGACUGAAGCUGCAGAGACUGAAGCAGAGACUGAAGCUGCAGAGACUGAAGCUGCAGAGACUGAAGCUGCAGCGACUGAAGCUGAGACUGAAGCUGCAGAGACUGAAGCUGCAGAGACUGAAGCUGCAGAGACUGAAGCAGAGACUGAAGCUGCAGAGACUGAAGCUGCAGAGACUGAAGCUGCAGAGACUGAAGCAGAGACUGAAGCUGCAGAGACUGAAGCUGCAGAGACUGAAGCUGCAGAGACUGAAGCUGCAGCGACUGAAGCUGCAGCGACUGAAGCUGAGACUGAAGCUGCAGAGACUGAAGCUGCAGAGACUGAAGCUGCAGAGACUGAAGCUGCAGAGACUGAAGCUGCAGAGACUGAAGCAGAGACUGAAGCUGCAGAGACUGAAGCUGCAGAGACUGAAGCUGCAGAGACUGAAGCUGCAGAGACUGAAGCUGUAG